AUGGUUGGUGACUUUGUAUACAUCAAGGUGUCGCCAAUGCGGAAUGUAUGGCGUUUUGGCAACAAGGGCAAGCUUAGUCCAAGGUAUGUUGAACCGUUCCAAGUGCUGAAACGUGUAAGCCCACUUGCUUACAAGAUCGAAAUGCCUCCAAAUUUGUCGGGUGUCCAUGACAUAUUCCAUGUCUCUAAGCUACAAAGGUGUGUUUGUGAUCUGUUGCACAUGAUAAACUACGAGCCUCUUGAUAUUCAGCCGAACCUAACAUACGAGGAGAUGCCGAUGCGAGUGUUGGAUUGUAAGGAGAAACGGCUGAGAACCAAAACCAUCCCUCUUGUGAAAGUUCUAUGGUGGAAUCAUGGAGUUGAGGAAGCCUCAUGGGAGCUCGAAGAGCAGAUGCGAGAGAAAUCUCCCCACCUAUUUGAGUAA